AUGUCCGAUCCAAAUCAGACUAACAACCAGCAGCAAGAAGGUAGUCAACAAAACUAUCAAAACUACCAACAAUACUAUCAGAAUUAUGGUCAACAGCCAAAUCAGCAGGCCUACCAAGGCUACCAAGGCUACCAGGGCCAACAGGGCCAACAGGGCCAACAAGGCUACCAAGGGAGCCAAGCCUUCAAGCCUCAACAGCAGCAUCAACAAUACCAGCAAUUAGAUGCUCAAAACUACGGUGGUUAUCAACAGGGUUACCAAGCGGGUUAUCAGCAAAGUUUUCAACCGGGCUAUCAACAAGGCUAUCAAGCGCAACAGGCUUACGUACCACAACAAGGCCGUGGUGGUUAUAAGAACUUUCAGCCUCGUAGUGCCCAAAGUUUCCAGCCACAACAGUCUCAGGGUAUGACUCUAGAUGAUUUUCAAAAGCAGAAACAGCAAACUACAACAAAACCAAAGAAAACUUUAAAGCUUGUCUCUAGUUCUGGGAUCAAACUUGCCAAUGCUACAAAAAACGUUGACGCCAAAGUAGAAGCUUCUGACAAGGAAACUAACGAUAAAAAGGAGAGCACUCAAGAACAAGCGCCAGCAGAGCAAGAAAAGGCCAAAAGUCAAGAAGUCUCCGACGCUAAAAGUGUAGCGAAGAAACAAGAUGAUUUGCCAAAGGUUGAAAAGUUAAAAAUCUCAGAAGAAGCUCCAUCUCAAACGAAUGUCUCUAGUGCCGAUGCGUUGAUUAAGGAACAGGAGGAUGAAGUGGACGAAGAAGUUGUCAAUGACAUGUUUGGUGGCAAGGACCACAUUUCGCUUAUCUUUAUGGGUCAUGUCGACGCGGGCAAAUCAACCAUGGGUGGUAAUAUUCUAUAUUUGACAGGUUCCGUCGAUAAAAGAACAGUUGAAAAAUACGAGAGAGAAGCCAAGGAUGCUGGUAGACAGGGUUGGUAUUUGUCCUGGGUUAUGGAUACUAACAAGGAAGAAAGAAGUGAUGGUAAGACGAUUGAAGUUGGUAAAGCUUAUUUUGAAACUGAAAAGAGACGUUACACAAUUUUGGACGCUCCUGGACAUAAAAUGUAUGUUUCCGAAAUGAUUGGUGGUGCGUCGCAAGCAGAUGUAGGUAUCUUAGUUAUUUCCGCGAGGAAGGGUGAAUAUGAGACUGGUUUUGAGAAAGGUGGUCAGACACGUGAACACGCACUGCUGGCUAAAACUCAGGGCGUGAACAAGAUGGUAGUGGUCAUUAACAAGAUGGAUGACCCUACAGUGGGCUGGUCUCAAGAACGUUACGACCAAUGUGUUAAGAAUAUAACUAAUUUUUUGAAGGCUAUUGGUUAUAACAUAAAGGAAGAUGUUAUCUUUAUGCCAGUCUCUGGUUUUAGCGGUGCUGGUCUUAAAGAGCGUGUUGAUCCUAAAGACUGUCCAUGGUACAAAGGUCCAUCACUCUUGGAAUAUCUAGACAGUAUGAAUCACCUUGACCGUCGUGUUAAUGCACCAUUCAUGUUACCAAUCGCUGCUAAGAUGAGAGAUAUGGGUACUAUCGUAGAAGGCAAAAUUGAAUCUGGACACAUCAAAAAAGGUCAUUCAACUUUACUGAUGCCUAAUAAAAGUACUGUUGAGAUUCAGAACAUUUAUAAUGAAACUGAAAAUGAAGUUGAUAUGGCGAUUUGCGGUGAACAAGUUAAAUUGAGAAUUAAAGGUGUUGAAGAGGAAGAUAUAUCUGCAGGUUUCGUGUUGACUUCUCCCAAGAAUCCUAUCAAAAACGUCACAAGAUUUGUUGCACAAGUGGCUAUUGUUGAACUUAAAUCUAUUAUGUCUGCAGGUUACUCAUGUGUGAUGCAUGUCCAUACAGCCAUUGAGGAAGUGCAUAUCACUAGACUGCUACACAAGUUGGAAAAGGGUACAAACCGUAAAUCCAAGAAGCCUCCUGCAUUCGCGAAGAAGGGUAUGAAAAUUAUCGCCGUUUUGGAAACAGAGGAACCAGUAUGUGUGGAGACGUAUGAAGAUUAUCCUCAAUUGGGUAGAUUCACCCUAAGGGAUCAAGGAACCACAAUUGCCAUCGGUAAAAUUGUCAAAAUCUUGGAUUAG